CUCCUCGAACGCAUCCAGGGCCCAUCUCCACUCCAAACCCACGAACUCACCGCUGUCCCUCCCAUCUCCGGCGGCGACCACGGCAUUGAAGCCGGCGAGAGUGGUCUUAGGCGCUUAUCCAUCUGGACCGGUUGAUUGGAGCACAAACACGGGAGCGAAGAGCGGAGGGACGCGGUCCCGUGCCGUCCUUUAUUCUUAAGAAGAAUCGGCUCGGUCCCGUGCAGCGGCGGCGGCGGCGGACAUGUCUGUCGAACUCGUCCUCUGGCUCUUCUCCUUCGCCUCUGUGAUGGCCCUCGUCGGCCUCACCGCCUACCAGCUUAUCUGCUUAUCUGAUUUGGAGUUUGACUAUAUCAAUCCAUAUGAUUCAUCAUCUCGCAUCAAUGCAGUGGUCAUAAUAGAAUACGCACUCCAAGGGGUCCUCUGCGCUUCUUUCCUCUUGACGCUGAAUUGGUUUCCGUUUCUAGUUAUGGCUCCUGUAACAUAUUACCAUGUGAAGCUGUAUAUGAAUCGGAAACAUCUUAUAGAUGUUACUGAGAUAUUCCGACAGUUACAUGGAGAGAAGAAGUACAGGAUGAUCAAGCUUGCCUUCUACUUUGCAUUAUUUAUUAUAUCCAUUUACAGGCUUGUCAUGACGGCUGUGCUACUAUUUAUUGAUGAGGAUGUGAAUCUGGUAGAAACUAGGACUAUUUAGAGCUUGUCAUCAACAUCUCACAUGUGGCCAGGAAAUUCCAAUGAUGCAGUUGGUUAACUUGUCGCACACAUGUUUCGACAUCUGGCUCCAAAUGAACACUUAACAUGAGGAACCGGUGAGAGUACAUUCCAGUCUUUCAGAAAUUCUGAAACAAGACGUUCCGUAGGAGCUUAUCUGGUGCCUGGGUGUUGAUUGCAACCAUCAGGCAGAACUGACCCUUGUGCUGUACAUUGUAAUUUCAUGCGUUCUGGUAUUGCACUGCCACCUGUCGAGAUUUGGUUAACAUUGGACAUCUUGGUAUGGUAUGUGCAAUGGUGACAUCUUGAGCUGACUAGUUGGCAUUCACUUUUGAGAUGUGAGAUUCUCCGUCACAAUUAUUUUACAGCUUGUUGUUUUCCCUUGAAAA